AACCCUUUAUGGGGCAAGUGACUGUUUUUGGUAAUUUCCACACAUGUUGGUUAUCGUGCCCAUCCCCCGUCUCAGUGAGUUCAAGAAUCAUGGAAUCUUUAUCCAGCCAAUCAGCAAAGAUCACCCUACAUUAUAAGUUAUUUUGUUGUGCAGUUGGACUAAUAAGUAGAGACUGCGGUCACGUCAAAUUUCUCUUUGUCUCCAAAGUCAGAAAAAUUCACUUUUGCAGCUCGGUUCACUGGACAUUUUCAAAGGAAACAUCAAAAAUAACCAUGCUUCCAUCAACCUUUUAUGGCAAGAGGAGGGAGACUGCGGUUGUGCCAGUCCACCCUGACAUUAGUGAUGAUGAUGAUGACGAGGAUGAAGAUGAUGAUGUGUCAGACCCUGACUUCGUCCCACCCACCCUCAACCAGGACAUUCCAGGCCCAAGCAACAUGGGCCCCACCACCAAAAGGAAACGCUUGCAGCCUGCAGUGGAGGUGAUCCAGGAAAGUGGCAGCGACAGUUACAGUGAGGACAAUGAUGAUGAUGAAAAUGAGCAGCCAGCACCACAAGCCAAGAGGCCCAGCAAACCCAGUAAGUCAGCAGCCAGGCCAACAACCUGGCACAAAGUUGACCUGAACAACACAGCCCUGCCUGAAUACCAGCACUCCACCCCUGACUACAUUGAUGUCCCUUUUCAGUACUUUACAAGGUACUUUGAUGACCAAAUCAUCAGGCAUAUCACGUACCAAACCAACUUAUAUGCUGCUCAGAAGGACAUCAACACCACUUUCAAGACCAAUGAGAAUGAAAUACUUACUUUUGUCGCCAUCCUCAUCUAUAUGGGUAUUGUGGAGCUCCCGUCUGUUGAUGACUACUGGGCCAUAGAGACCAGGGUCCCUCAAGUUACCCAACUAAUGUCCUCAAAGAGGUUCAGGCUGCUGAAAAGGGUUAUCCACUUCAAUGACAACUCCAUGAUCUGUGGUACCAGUGACCGCUUCUUCAAAAUCCGACCACUGUUCAGAUUUAUAAAUACUGCCUUUAGACGUAAGUCACAGACCCCAAAAGAGUCUCUAGAUGAAGUGAUGGUUGCCUACAAAGGGAAGAAAGCUGGCAACCUGAGGCAAUAUAUUAAAAGCAAGCCAGACAAGUGGGGUUUCAAGUUGUUUGCCAGGGCAUCUGAGGAUGGCUUCAUACAUGACAUUGUGCUAUACCAGGGCAAGACUACCCUGGAGGCCCAUGAUGUUCCCCUAAAACCUGAACAAGAAGGCUUAGGUGCAACCAGCCAGAUUGUAUCUGUCCUUGCCAGUACCACGACCUUUCCCACCACCACAGCCAUCUAUGCUGAUAACUUUUUCACCAGCCUGGAGCUAGUCCGAGACCACAACUGUAGGUACAAAGGGACCCCCACGGACAUCAGAAUUGGAAAACCUCCACUAAGGACAAUCAAGGAUAUGGAGAAAAAGGCUGUCACUCGUGGUACCUGUGACUACGUCACCAGUGAUGAUGGGAUACUGGCUGUCAGGUGGAAGGGAGCUACAGAGACAAACACAGACACUUGUAUUCCUCAGAGGGUUUGUUGAGCAAUUCUGUUAUCAGCACGUUUUUCUGUUAGCACUUUUAUAUUCUGAAAGUGAUGUUAAAAUGUUCAAAUACAUUAUAUGUGUUUUUCCUGUAUUUUAUCAAUGUAUACGUAUUGUAAUUUGAUUUCCCAUUUAGAGGCAAUAAACCAAAUUUGAUCACUUCAUUGGCCUUGAUUUUUUUACCACUUAAGGGCAAGUUACCAAAUAUGGUAACUUCAUUGACCUCGAUUUUCGACAUGAAAAUAA